CCGGCACUGCAUUUCUCAUGGCAGCUCUCUAAUAUAAUAUUUUCGCUCGCUCUCGCAACCGCACUAGCGCAAUCUUUUUGCAGCCUGACACACACGAUUACGUGACAGCCAGCGAAUUGUUGGAUGUUUGAUUGUUUUGCCUGGCCUGAGUAACGCAACAUCGCGGAUUAACUGGAAUUAUAUUGUACCGCAUCCGUGUCAAUUUAUUAUUUUAUUGUGCCGUGGAUUAAAUCGAAUAAUCCCGAGUUUUAUGCGAUGCAGUGGUAAUGUGGGAUUUUUUACUGCAAAUGGGCAAUUCACCGUUAAUACAACCCAGCAACCAGGUGGCCAUUCUGGGCCUGGACAACGCCGGGAAAACCUGCCUGUUAUACCGGCUGAAAUUCGACUCGUACGUGAAUACAGUCAAAACCGUCGGGUUUAAUUGGGAGAAGGUCCGCGGGAAGACCGGGAGCUGCAAAGGGAAAUCCUUCUGCUUAUUCGACGUCCCGGGCCAGGAGAAACUCCGCGCCCUGUGGAAGACGUACACCCGCAAAUGCGACGGCAUCCUGUACAUCAUCGACAGCGCCGACGCCGAGCGCUUCGACGAGUCCAAGCUGGAACUGGCCAAGAUGGCGCGGAUGACCGGGAGUGUUCCCGUUAUCGUGGUGGCGAAUAAACAGGACCUGCCGACGGCCGCCUCGCAUACGGACAUCGGCGAGGUGUUCGGGUUGAAGAAGGAGUUGGGGGCGACGCGGGAAUGGGCAGUCCUGCCGGGCUGCGCCAUUACCGGGGAGGGUGUGGAGGAUGUACUGGAGCAGCUGUAUGAUAUGAUUCUGCGGCGGCGCCAGCAGAAGAAACUGGCGAAAAAACCGUAAAUAAUUCUGCUGGUGUUUUUGUUGUGUUCCUCCAUGUUGUCCUCUGUUGCUCAACCUGUGAGUUCUCAAUUUAUUUUACGUUCCCGUCAAUUUACUGUGAUACGGUAGUUUUAUGCAUGGCACAGGCUUUUGAUGUCGACGGAAUUUUUAUCCGGGUAUUAUGUUGUGUGUUUUUAAUUUGACGUCCUGCUAUUUUUAAAGCCGGUAAUGCGGGAUUAUUGUGUUGCGGAUUACUGUAAAUUCGGUUGAUGGGGCGUUUCCCGAGGG